AGGGAGGUGAGGGGUUUGGCGCCAGGACCGCAGGGGUGUAGAAAGUGUAGGGGCCGCGGCGGGCUGGUGGGAGGCGGCUGGAGCGCAGGUGGUGGUGCCCGCGGCUCUAUGUAGCUCCUUUAGGGUGGACGCCUGGCCGAUCUCACCGCCGGCGUCCCCAGCAUGCGUAGGCACCCAGAGAGCGGCGGCGGGCGCCGGGCCUAGGGAUGAUCUUCCCUGUUGCCCGCUACUCGCCCCGGUGGCUGCAACGGCUCGGAAACCGAGCCUUGUCCCGCGCCGCCAUGGAAGUGGCCUUCCGAGGCGUACGGAAAAUCCUCUGUGUGGCGGAGAAAAAUGACGCGGCCAAGGGGAUCGCCGACCUGCUGUCCAAUGGUCGCAUGAGGCGGAGGGAAGGACUUUCAAAAUUUAACAAAAUAUAUGAAUUUGAUUAUCAUAUUUAUGGCCAGAAUGUUACCAUGAUAAUGACUUCAGUUUCUGGACAUUUGCUGGCUCAUGAUUUCCAGAUGCGGUAUCGCAAAUGGCAGAGCUGCAAUCCCCUUGUCCUCUUUGAAGCAGAAAUUGAAAAGUACUGCCCAGAGAAUUUUGUAGAUAUCAAGAAAACUCUGGAACGAGAGACGCAGCAAUGCCAGGUCCUGGUGAUCUGGACUGAUUGUGAUAGAGAAGGUGAAAAUAUUGGAUUUGAGGUUAUCCAUGUGUGCAAGGCUGUAAAGCCCAGUCUGCAGGUGUUGAGAGCCCGUUUCUCUGAGAUUACCCCCCGAGCCGUCAGGACGGCCUGUGAAAACCUCACUGAGCCUGAUCAGAGAGUGAGCGAUGCUGUGGACGUGAGGCAGGAGCUGGACCUGAGAAUUGGAGCUGCCUUUACUAGGUUUCAGACCCUGAGGCUUCAGAAGAUUUUUCCUGAGGUGCUGGCAGAGCAGCUGAUCAGUUAUGGCAGCUGCCAGUUUCCAACACUGGGGUUCGUGGUGGAGAGGUUCAAAGCCAUUCAGGCUUUUGUCCCAGAAAUCUUCCACAAAAUUAAAGUAAGCCAUAACCACAAAGAUGGCAUCGUAGAAUUCAAUUGGAAAAGGCAUCGUCUCUUUAACCACACAGCUUGUCUUGUCCUCUAUCAGAUGUGUAUGGAGGAUCCCAUGGCAACUGUGGUCGAGGUCAAGUCCAAGCCAAAGAGCAAGUGGAGACCUCAAGCUUUGGACACUGUGGAGCUUGAAAAGCUGGCCUCUCGAAAGUUGAAGAUAAAUGCUAAAGAAACCAUGAGGAUUGCUGAGAAACUCUACACUCAAGGGUACAUCAGCUAUCCCCGAACUGAAACAAACAUUUUUCCCAAAGACUUAAACCUGUCAAUGCUGGUGGAGCAGCAGACCCCGGAUCCACGCUGGGGGGCUUUUGCCCAGAGCAUUCUAGAGCGGGGUGGCCCUACCCCACGCAACGGGAACAAGUCUGACCAAGCCCACCCUCCCAUCCACCCCACUAAGUACACCAGCAACUUGCAGGGAGAUGAGCAGCGACUCUAUGAGUUUAUUGUUCGCCAUUUCCUAGCUUGUUGCUCCCAGGAUGCCCAGGGGCAGGAGACCACUGUGGAGAUUGACAUUGCUCAGGAACGCUUUGUGGCCCAUGGCCUCAUGAUUCUGGCGCGAAACUAUUUGGAUGUGUAUCCGUAUGAUCACUGGAGCGACAAGAUUCUUCCCAUCUAUGAGCAAGGCUUCCGCUUUCAGCCCAGCACUGUGGAGAUGGUGGAUGGGGAAACCAGUCCACCCCAGCUGCUCACGGAGGCAGACCUCAUUGCCCUCAUGGAAAAGCACGGCAUUGGUACCGACGCCACUCACGCAGAGCACAUAGAGACCAUCAAAGCUCGGAUGUAUGUUGGGCUUACCCCAGACAAGCGGUUUCUUCCUGGGCACCUGGGCAUGGGACUUGUGGAAGGCUACGAUUCCAUGGGCUAUGAGAUGUCCAAACCUGACCUGCGGGCUGAACUGGAGGCUGAUCUGAAAUUGAUCUGUGAGGGGAAGAAGGACAAACUCGUGGUUCUAAAGCAGCAGGUCCAGAAAUACAAGCAGGUCUUCAUUGAAGCAGUGGCUAAAGCAAAGAAAUUGGACGAGGCCUUGUCCCAGUACUUUGGGGAAGCGGCAGAGAUGGCCCCGCAAGAAGCUAUCUAUCCAGCCAUGCCAGAGCCUGUCAGAAAGUGCCCACAGUGCAACAAGGACAUGGUCCUCAAAACCAAGAAGAGUGGCGGGUUCUACCUCAGCUGCACGGGUUUCCCAGAAUGUCGAACGGCUGUGUGGUUCCCUGACUCUCUCCUGGAGGCCAGCAGGGACGGCAGUGUGUGUCCAGUUUGCGAGCCACACCCUGUCUACAGGUUAAAGUUGAAGUUUAAACAUGGUAGCCUUCCCCCAACCAUGCCUCUGGAGUUUGUUGGCUGCAUUGGUGGAUGUGAUGAGACCUUGAGGGAGAUCUUGGACCUGAGAUUUUCACGGGGGCCCCCUAGAGCCAGCCAGCCAACCAACCAGCCUCCCGGAUACCUGCAAGCUAGCCAGUCUCUAAACAGAAUGGACAGCAACCAGCAUGGCCACCCCCAGCCUUCUGAAAACAGCCAUCCUAGACCCUCAAAGGCUCUUACCCAGGCCUUACCACCGCCCACUGCCGCUGGUGAAAACAAUUCUGUGACCUGCAACUGUGGCCAGGAGGCCGUGCUGCUCACUGUCCGGAAGGAGGGUCCCAACCAGGGCCGACAGUUCUACAAAUGCAAUGGUGGCAGUUGCAACUUCUUCCUAUGGGCUGAUAGCCCCCAUCCAACCUCUGGAGGGGCUCCUUCCUUGGCAACAAGACCCAUGGGUGGCUCACUGGGACUCCCCGUAGGCUCACGGACCCACCCGGGUGGAUUUGGCAGCUCUGGUGAUAAUGGUGGUGGCACAUCCUGCCUGUGUAGCCAGCCGGCUGUCAUGCGCACCGUGCAGAAGGAUGGGCCCAACAGAGGACGCCAGUUCCACACGUGCGCCAAGCCAAGAGAGCAGCAGUGCGGCUUCUUUCAGUGGGUGGACGAGAACGUGGCCCCAGUGGAUUUUGGAGCCCUGCCCUGGCCAGGAGGCAGAGGAAGAACUGGGGGGCCAGAGGCCAGAAGCAAACGAACCCGGGCCAGCUCUUCAGACACAGAGUCCACAGCCAAGAGACCCCGGAAAUGCAGCCUGUGCCACCAGCCUGGGCAUACCCGUCCCUUCUGUCCUCAGAGCAGAUGAGGACGGGGUAGGAGGUUUUCCCCUUUUGCCUCAGAAAUUAGUUACUUUCACCGAGACUAGGGGGCCCUUCACUGCCCCAAGGAUUUAAGAAAAGUGGCAGGUUUUGGAGUCUGGCCUGUGUUAGAGAGUUAAGGUCCAGCCUGCUCUCUUGACAAGUCCACCUCUGGAUGGGGUUCAGUGCCCAAUGGGGCCACUGGUGAGAAGUCAUGGGAGUGCCUCUCUGAUCCCUCAGGGGGUAUCACUGUCAGACAGCAGCUAAGGCCUAAGAAAAUGCCCUCCAGGGGCCUGCGCUGGGCAGCCUGGAAGUUGCUUCUUAGCACAGACAACACAAGAAAGGAAAAUAUAAUGCAAGGAAGUGACUCUUCCAAAAUUGGCUCUACUGAAGACGCUUUAUUGCUCUUUAUCUAGAAGCCACUGUGACCAGGACAGCCCGGCUUGUGUGCCUUAAUAAAGAAUUCUACUCCUUUACUCUGGUGGUUUUGGCACCGUGUCUGGGGAACAUUGGCAGGAGCAGCCAGUGCUUGAGGCACCACCGGCUGACCACUGGCCCUCAGGGUCUCCCUUGCCAGCCCCAGUCCUGCCUCCUCAUCCACGUGGUAAACAGCCCAGCUUCUCCUGGCCCUACAGCUUGUCCCACAGAGCAGAGCAUGCACUGAUGGGAGAUUCACACCACUGUUCACCUGCCACACUUCCAGAGGUUGCAACUCCUAUUUGCCUUCACAAAAACCUUGUAAUGUUUAAUCAUAUUGGCUCUAUUUGAUGUCAAGAAAAUAAAGAGGCAUGGAUUGGCCCGAGUCGCAUUGCCAGUUGGUGAAGAGGUGAUCUGCCCUCCGGUCUUGGGAUUCCUGUCCUGGACCCUUUGGUGUGACCAGUGGCCCCGCCUGGGCUGGAGGGCAAGAUUCAGGGCACAUGGGUGUGUUUAUGCCCUGCAUUGUGGGUUCCCCCUGCCAGACCUUGGCAACCCUACAUCUACAUUCUCUCUGGUUUUGCCUAUUCUUAUGAGGCUUAGGUUAGGUGAUCUUUUGUGUCUGGCUUCUUUCAUUUAGCAUAUUAUUUGCAAGGUUCAUCUACAUUUAGCAUGUGUCAGUAGAGUAGGGUAUUCGUGGGGGCACCCCAGCCCCCCACUGGAUGCCUGAAACUGCAGACAGUACUGACCCUAUUCAUGCUGUGAUUCUUUUCCUGUAUGUGCCUAUCUAUGAUAAAGUUUAAUUUUUAAAUUGGGCACAGUAGGAGGUCAAUAAUAACUAAUAAUAAAAUAGAAAAAUUAUAACUAUAUACUCUAAUAAAAGUUAUGUGAGUGAGAUCUCUCUCAAAAUAUCUUGUAUAUAUUUUUUCAUGCUAUGGUUGACCACAGGUAACUGAAACCGAGGAAGGCAAAACUACAGAUAAGGGGGUGGCAACUGCACUGGGUUUUUAGGGUCAAAUAAUACUCCAUGGCAGUUGUUUCCACCCCGUGGCGGCUGUGAAUGCUGCUGCUGUGAACAUGUGUGUGCGAGUAUUUGGACUCCUGUUUUAAAUUAUUCUGGGCACAUUACUAGGAGUGGAGUUGCUGGGUCACAGGAUAUUUCUGUUUUAAGUUUUUGAGGGACUGCUGACCAGCAGCUGCACCAUUUUACAUUCCCACCAGCAACACACAAGGGUUCCUGUUUUCCUGUACCCUUGCCAGCACUUAUGUUUUGAAAAAAAACUUUAACCAUCCUCAGGGGUGUGAAAUAGCAUCUCAUUGUAGUUUUAAUUUGCAUUUCCCUGAUGAAAAAUGAUGUUGAGUGGCUUCUCAUUUGUAUAUCGGCCAUUGAUGUGUCUUUUUGGAGAAAUGUCUAUUCCAGUCCUUUGCCCAUUUUGUAGUUGGAUUGCUGGUCUUGUGGUCGGUGAGUUGCAGUUCUUCAUAGAACCUCGGUACUAGAUGCAUUUGUGGGUUUUGAUCUGUGCACAGGUAACGUGUGUGCUGAGACCGAGAUCGGCUGGGUGGAUGGGAUGGAGGCCAGCCCUAGCUCAGGUCCAGACUCCAUCACCAGACUGCUGAGCCUGCACAGCCUUGUCUACGAUAGGGAGUUAUUUAGCUGAAGCUUUUUGGUGGAGUGUUGUAGUCACACCCAGUUGCAGUGAGAACUUCACAAAACCUCUGAGGGAAUUUCCAAGUCUCAAUGGCCCCUCAGGCUCACCUCAUUCAGUGCAGUGAGAAACGGAUCCUUCCCACCUGGCAGUGACUGGGAAGGACUGAACCCCCCAUAUACUGAACUCCAUCUGCAGCAUAUGUAGCGCCAGACAGUGGCAGAAAUGAGCUCUACUUGCUGAGCCCAUACCUCGGCUGGGCACUGGCUGGCUUCCUUAGCCUCCCGUCUCCCCGGCCAGCAGUGCCUUCUGCCCAUGCAGUGAUGGAAACAGGCUCCGAUGGGAAGUGCCUUCUACAAGCGUCUAGGCUGGAAUUGAAAAUUAGUCUCUGUUGUCAAGUCUACACC